AGGUAAUGCAACUUUGCCCCUCAUAGCCCCACUAUACUUAGAGUUGUAGCGAUCCAUGGAUAAGUUUUGCUGCCCACUUAACGUACCGAAGUUUCCAGAUGCCGUGUACAAUCUUAUUACAUUCUGCCCCCCAAGCAGAGGGAAUUCACAAUUGCUCACACGAAACUUUUUGACACGCAAACUCAACUGCCUUCCACUGGAAGACAAAAUGUCGUCCAAAGCCUUCAUCGUGACCGGCGCCAGCCGUGGACUUGGUCUAGCAAUUGCUCACUUGCUGUUACGGGCUUCGCACAAGGUGUUUCUUGUAGCCAGGUCAGAAGCUGGACUGCAGAAGAUCAAAGCCGAGAACCCCUCGAACGUCGAGUAUCUACCUGCCGAUGUGACCGACUUCAGUACAGCACCAAAGAUAGUCGAAGCGGCGGUCAAGGCAUUCGGAAAGGUGGAUGGGAUCAUAAUCAAUCACGGUGUAUUGACGCCAUUAUCUAAGAUUGCUGAUGUUGAUAUCGAGGAAUGGAGACAUUCUUACGAUGUUAACGUAACGAGCGCAGUUGCUUUGGUCAAGGCAGCUAUUCCUGAGCUGAGAAAAUCUCAAGGACGCAUCAUUUUUGUUUCGUCUGGAGCAUCUGUUGGUGCUUACACUGCCUGGGGGGCUUACGGCACAGCCAAGGCAGCCAUGAAUCACAUUUGUGCACAUCUCGCAGUUGAGGAACCCGAUAUUACUAGUGUGGCUAUCUCGCCAGGCAAGGUCGACACAGACAUGCAAGGGGUCAUCAGGGAACUAGGUGGAAAGUCAAUGACUGAGAAGGACCACGCGAGUUUCAUCGAGGAAUUUGCGAGCGGCAAAUUACUGAAGCCGGAGCAACCUGGAUCUGUGAUCGCUAACCUUGUGGUAGGUGCCACCAAGGAACUAAGUGGCAAGCAUUUAAGAUGGAAUGCGAAGGAGCUGAGUAGCUUCCAGGGAAAGUAGUGUUGUGAGGUACUAGAUCAUCCU